CCAAUCCCUUCCCGAAAGCCUGGAAAUUCCCAGGGCCAGGAGCCUCUCCGUGAAGUGAGCCGGGGCCAGGCUUCCCCAGCCAGCAGGGCCGGGAGCUGCUAAGUGCAGGUGCCUGGCUCUGGGCACAGGAGAGGGGCCGAGCCCCACCUGGAGUUCCCCUGAGUCGCCUGCCACCCCAGCCCCUGGGUUAAUGUUUGCUGGGAUGGCGCCUGGUUAAACCUUAACAGGGAAUCAGUUAUUGUAGCUACCGAUUGAUAACAGUCCCUGGGGGAGCGGGGCCUGGAUGGGGGGUGAGGGGACAGUGACCCCCCCCGGGAGAGGCAGAGGAACUGGCACGAGCCCUGGCUUCAUGACUAAUGCUCUGUAGUCGCCAUUCACCGGCCACAGCCUGUGUUGCUGGGAGCUCGUCCCCGCGGGGAGCCCCCAGGCGCCGGUGCCCCCACCUGCCCGCCACAGCGGAGGCCCCUGGCUCCGAUCCAACAGGCCAGGCAGGGAGGGGGCAGAAGGGAAUUCCCAGCGGGGACCCCUGGCUCCCGGGGAUGGCACUGGGGCCGGGCGCCAGCCUUCUGCCUCUCCCCUAAGCUGUCUGCAGCUCCUCAGGGCCCCAACCCACGCGCUGCGGGCUGGGGUCUCGGCUCCGUCCACUCCCAGCAGGACCCUCCUGCGGGUAACAGGGAUUGUGGGAAGCGGCCAAAGGCCAUAAAGCUGACGCUUCUCAAGGCCAAAUACCUGGAGGGAGCUGGGAGCCUUUGGACUGGGCUGGGCUGGUUCUCUCGGCACUGGCCACCCCCCCCCAGGACGGUUCCCUCACUGACUCGGCGUUUGGGGCUGUGGGGACCAGGCCUGUUCUGGGCACCCCUGGGCCAUGGUGUGGGCAGGGGUGCUCUGGAUGGCUCAGGUCAGGCCUGGGGGCUCUGGGGCAAGGGGUGCUGGUGUCCCAGACAAGGAGUCAGGAGAGGCCAAGAGAAACUUUCCGAAGGAAGGGGCCCCGGAGCCGGCUCGGCCGCCCACGGGUCUAAGCGGGCUGGGAGUGGCAGAGGGGAAGCGGCCGCAGCUCACGGCCCAGGCCAGCACAAGGGCUGCUGUGUUCCCCGCGGCCGCGGCUGCCGCCCAAGAGAAAUAUUGUUGGCACCAGGCAGCUCGGUGCUACCGCAGCACAAACCUGGGGCUUUCGCACAGAGGAGCAGGGACGAGCACCUCCGUAAGGAUGAGCCAGUGUGACCCGGUUGGCCCAGUGGAGGAGUUUCCCAGGCACUUAGAUGCUGAUCAGCGGUGUCGGCUCGUGCCCAGCCUCACGGAGACGCCGGCUUUACGAGUUUGGAGCCAUCAACACAAGCCCGAAGCAGGGUGCCAUGUGCCUCGCCCGCCGGCGCCCGCCAGAACCUCCCUCCUCCUCCCCCUCCCCCUCCUGGCUUUGUGUCCACUUGGGUCUGUCUCUGGACGUUCAGUCAUCGGGGGCAGGGGCUGCAUAUUUGAUUUGUCUGCCCAGGACCUAGCACCCGCUGGGUGUGGUAUAACGACUGCCUGGUGUGACACUCAGCACUUAUACACCCACUCCUUGCGCCAGGAGCUGCACAUGCAUGAACCAGGGGAUUCAUACUGUAGUUAAGGACCUGGUUCCAUCCCUCUGCGUUGCUGCAUUGUGUGGAAUCCAGCACAGUUACAUCCUGGCUCGUACAAUGAAUAACGGAGAAAAUGGAAGUAAAAAUGUUGUGAGUCACCCGGCUGUACCGGACACAGCCCGACCUGC